AACAUCAUCAUUAAUUACUCAGUCCCAUUCUCGUUCGGGUGAUUAAUCCCUUUCAAAACCUUAGUUUCCAAGCUCCCUCUUCUCCUCCAUUCCUGCACAAACUCCACGACUUAAUUUCUCCAAUUUCCCAUUUCCAAUCCCUCCAUUUUCUUUUCAUCCAAACAGAUCCAAAUCAAACAAAGCUUUAAUUACACUUAUCUCCAUAAUGCCAACUGUUAAGAUCUCAGUUUGACUCGGUCACUGACCACCACCGAGUCAGAGCGUUUCGAAUUCCAUUCUAACAAUUCGUCCGUUCAAUGGGAGCAGCACCUUCAACGCCGAGCAGCAGCGGUGCACAACCGCAGGAUUCGGCGGAGUAUCUAAUCAGUUCGUUUGUCGGCGAGAAAUCAUUCCCUGUCGGUUCGGAUUUCUGGCAGAAACUUCUGGAACUUCCGCUCAAUCUACACUGGCCUAACAAUCGUGUUCAAGAAGCUUGUCAGCUCUUCGCCCAAAAUAACUAUUGUACGAGGCAUUUGGCGAAGAUUUUGAUCCACUUAGGGAAAUGUGUGCGAGAAGCGAUUCCGAGAAAUGGUGCAGAAUUGUCAUCUUCAAUUGUUUAUAUGAAGGCGGUUAAUGCGGUGUAUAUUUCCUCUGUUUUUUUGAAGUAUUUAAUUGAAAAUAAUGCUCAAACUACGAUUGAAGAGGACUUAUAUCUAACGUUGGAUGAAACUGAACAAGUAACACACGGUUUCGUUAGAGAGCAAAGCAUUCCGGAUCUUGUUAUGCACAGUGUGCUUAGCUUUAUUGGCUCCGUCGAUGUAAGUGCAAAUACAUACCUACUGCAUCAGGAGCUGCUUAACUUCAUGCUUGUUGCUAUGUCGACUCAACUUCUCUAUGGUUCAUCACCUGGAACAGCAGAUAUGAAUCCUUUCAUUGAUGCAGCAAUGGCUCAGGAUAGUUCUUUGGUUAAUUUGGCUGUUCAGAGACUUCUACUCAAUUAUAUAACGCGACCUCACAUACCAUUAAAAAGUGCAUCUUAUUCUAUAUUUUCCGAUGGGAGGCAGCCUGGGGUCCUGCAAAGGGUUGGCUCUGUAGCUGCUACUUUUGUCUUACUGCCGUUCAACUAUUUGGUUAGUUCAAAUGGUGAAGGCAUGAGAAAUUUGCUGGCAGACUCCAGUCUUCAUGUGUUGCUUAUACUUAAUUAUCAUAAAUGUGCUGUGGGCGAUGAACCCAUUAAAGACAGAAGUGAUGACAGUGCUACAUCAGAUUCUCUUUCCCAAGUAAAUAUGCAUUUCUCGGACAAUCCUUUCUGCAAAGCUUUAGAAAAUGUCAGGGAUAUUGAGUUUGAUCGUGUAGAUAUUGAAGGGAAUACACCUACCAGAUCACAUGCGAGAAUACCAUUUGCAUCUUUAUUUGAUACUCUUGGCAUGUGUUUGGGUGACGAAACUGCAGCCUUAUUGCUGUACACGCUGGUACAUGGAAAUUCAUACUUCUUGGAGUACGUGUUAGUGCGUACUGACUUGGAUACCUUGCUGAUGCCUAUUCUGGAGACAUUAUACAAUGCUUCAAAGAGGACAUCAAAUCACAUAUACAUCUUGUUGAUUAUACUUCUUAUACUUAGUCAAGAUUCUUCUUUUAAUGCAAGCAGUCACAAGAUGAUACUGCCUAGUGUUCCAUGGUAUCAAGACCACCUUCUUCACCAGACAUCUCUUGGUUCCCUAAUGGUCAUAAUUCUUAUAAGGACUGUGAAGUAUAACCUAUCAAAGCUGAGGGAUCUUUAUCUUCAUACAACUUGUCUAGCUACUUUAGCAAACAUGGCCCCUCAUGUCCACCGUCUGAGUGCAUAUGCAUCACAAAGACUCGUUAGCCUCUUCUAUAUGCUAUCCCGCAAGUACAACAAACUUGCCGACCGUAUAGAUGAUAAGAUAGGGAAGAACGGAUCUGCUGAACAAGGCAGCCUUGCUGAAGAUUUGUCUGCUGAAUUGCAUAUCUACACAGACUUCCUGAGAAUCGUCCUUGAAAUAUUGAAUGCAAUUUUAACGUAUGCCUUGCCACGCAAUCCUGAGGUUGUAUAUGCCAUAAUGCACAGGCAAGAGGUUUUCCAGCCAUUUAAGAAUCAUCCACGCUUCAGUGAACUAAUUGAAAAUAUAUACAUGGUUUUGGAUUUUUUCAAUAGUCGCAUGGAUGCUCAAACACAAGAUGGCGAAUGGUCAGUAGAGAAAGUUCUCCAACUCAUUAUAAUCAAUUGCCGAUCAUGGCGAGGUGAAGGGAUGAAGAUGUUUACUCAGUUACAUUUCUCAUACGAACAAGAGAGUCAUCCUGAGGAGUUCUUUGCCCCUUAUGUUUGGCGGCUGGCUUUGACCUACUGUGGAUUCAGCUUUAAUCCUGGAGCCAUAAAUUUGUUUCCUGUUGAUCUGCCAGGAGAGAAACUAAACGGUUUUGGAGGGGAUAUCGAUAAGCAACAAAAUGGGGAGUUGGACCAACUUGCGCAGCUAGAUGUAUAGUUGUUGCAUUACAAUCAUAUGUUGAUAGAUAAGUGUUUUGUAAAUAGAUGUAGUUAAAAAGAGGUGUAUUCAUCUCAUUCUUUCAUGUCAAUAUGCGUGGACCGGACACUCUGGAGGAUAGUUUCUCAUAUAUAAAAAUGAUAACACAAUGUAAUGAAUAAGAGAAGAAGCUAAUUCAAUCUUCAUGGUCUAGCUGUGAGAGGUUUCAAUAGAUUCUACUCUCUGUUUCGUCAAGGCAGCCUGAUUUUUUGAGAAACAGUGAAUUAAAGACUGUAACUUGUGGAGGAAUACUCCCAUAUAAAAUUUUGUAGCUUUUCCUUA